CCACCCCCCGCCCCUAUGACCAACAUGAGCUGGAGCUUCCUGACGCGGCUGCUGGAAGAGAUCCACAACCACUCCACGUUCGUGGGCAAGGUAUGGCUCACGGUGCUGGUGGUCUUCCGCAUCGUGCUCACGGCGGUGGGCGGUGAGUCCAUCUACUCCGACGAGCAGACCAAGUUCACGUGCAAUACGCGGCAGCCGGGCUGCGACAAUGUCUGCUACGACGCCUUUGCACCCCUGUCCCACGUGCGCUUCUGGGUUUUCCAGAUUGUGGUCAUCUCCACGCCCUCCGUAAUGUACCUGGGCUAUGCCGUGCACCGCCUGGCCCGCGCCUCACAGGAUGAGCGCCGCCGCGCCUCUCGCCGCCGACCAGGCCGCCUCGCGCCCCGCUCACCCCUGCCGUUGCCCCCGCCGCCCCACCCGGGCUGGCCCGAGCCCGCAGACCUGGGCGAAGAGGAGCCCAUGCUGGGCCUGGGUGAAGAGGACGAGGAUCCGGGGGCGGCCGAGGGCCUGGGCGAGGAUGAUGAGGCUGAGGACGCGGGUGCAGCCAAGGGCGCAGGAGGGGACCCAAAGGCGACUGGGGUCCCAGGUCCGGCAGGUCAGCAUGACGGGCGGCGGCGCAUCCAGCGCGAGGGCCUAAUGCGCGUGUACGUUGCCCAGCUGGUGGCACGGGCCGUCUUCGAGGUGGCCUUCCUGGUGGGCCAGUACCUGCUGUAUGGUUUCGAGGUGCGGCCCUUCUUUGUGUGCAGCCGCCAGCCCUGCCCGCACGUGGUCGACUGCUUCGUGUCGAGACCCACCGAGAAGACGGUCUUCCUGCUGGUCAUGUACGUGGUCAGCUGCCUCUGCCUGGUGCUCAACCUCUGUGAGAUGGCGCACCUGGGCCUGGGCAGCGCGCAAGACGCUGUGCGCAGCCGCCGCCCCCUGCCCUCCACCCCUGGCCCCAUGCCUCGCCAGCAGCCCUGUGCUCUCCCCGCCGCGCCUUCGGGGCUGGCCUGCCCGCCAGACUACAGCCUGGUGGUGCGCGCGGCUGAGCGCGCACGCACCCACGAUCAGGACCUGGCCAACCUGGCACUGCAGGCGCUGCAGGACCGGCGGUCGCUUGGGGACCUCGACAGCCCACCAGGCCCUGGCCUUCCAGCAGCCGCCCGGGGGACCCCGAGGGCCGGCGCCCCUGCCUCCGGGUCGGGCAGUGCCACGUCGGGGGGCACUGCCGGGGGCCAGGGCCGGCCAGGGGCCAAACCCAGGAUGGGCUCGGAGAAGGGCAGUGCGAGCAGCAGCAGGGAGGGUAAGACCACCGUGUGGAUCUGAGGCCUGCCUUGGCUGCUGUCCCUCCUCCCUCCUCACCAGGGCCGAGGUGGAGGGCUCUGGAGGAAGUCUAGGGGCUGGACACCGCCUAAGGGGCAGAGCACAACCUGCCCUCCUCCUCCCCCUCAGGUGGCUGCUGUCCCCCUCGGGAGGGGGCAGAGGGCACCAGCCUGCUCUGCCUCACUGCCCCUCCCUGCCUGAGCCCCAUCUUCAUCCAGGAUAGGGUGGGGAAGGUAGGCCUGGGAAUCACGACUGGUCCCCAGCUCUGAUCCAUAAGCCCUGAUGGGUAGGUGGGACUGUGGCUGGGGCAUUUCCGCCCUCCCAGAGCCACCCAGCUGGCCACCUCAGGACAAGGCUGCCCUCCAGGAGAGAGCUCCACCCCCUCCUGUCCCGCUUUCCCGGCAGUAGCCCAUGUAUGACUGCCCAGGGGUGCUUGGCCUGGGUCUUGGGGAGUACUGUGCUUGUCCUCACUCCCUGCCCAGCCAAUGGGGCUCUCUUCCUAGCACCCACACUCUUCUAGCCCAGGUUCUGGUUCUUGCAGAGCUUGAAGCAAUGCCAGGUCUUCCUUGUACAGAAGGGAAAACAGAGACCACGGUGGGCAGAGGCCCCUGUGCCCAGCCCUGGUCUGUACCACCUCCUGCCUCACCCCCACUAGGCCCCAAGCAUGAGCUGCCUCGAGUGCCAGGUGGACCUGCACCCUGCUUCCUGUUCCCUGCCCAGGCAGAUCUGGGGCUCAGGCCCCGCAUGGGCCCCGGGGUGGAUGAGACCAUUCCCUCUCCAGCUCCUGUGCUGGCCUGGUGUGGCCCCUUCCUCUGGGACAUACUUGAAGUUCUGAAAAGACAUCGGCCUCCCUUGCCACUCAGACCAGCAGGAUGGUGGUGAGGGGCUAUGGCUUUGGCCAUGCUAGGGGAAGGCGCUCUGAGGCUCCCACCACAGCCUCUUCCCUCCAGCCCCCUCUCCAAUUCAGAC